AUGGAAACAAGUAGUUCUGGAGAUGGAAAAAAGGAGCUUACGGGUCGAGCUCGUCGUAAAAUGUCAAAGAUGUUGAAGCAACCAGCUUCAAUCAUUGUCGAGGAGGAUUCUGACGCGCGCUUGAACGUGUCUGAGCUUGUCGAAAAAAGAAGAAGUGAACUUGAAGCAAUGUUGAAUAUAAUUCACGAUCCACCAUCAACAAGGUCUGCUUUGCAACGUAUUUCCCGCUGCAAGCGCCGAAGGGCUUCCGCUCACAAUCUGAAGAGGCUCCCCAAAAGCGUCCGCACUUUGAUUGUGACGAACGAGUAUACUGAACGAGCGGGUUUGAAAUCAUACAAGCGCAGAAAGCUUGCAAAGCGUGAACUACUUUUCAAAGAAGGGAAUCAAUCUGAAAACGUCAACACGCCUAGUCGGCUUGCCACACAUGUAUGGUUUGCUAAGCGGUUUCACAUGAUUGUUAAAUUUGGAUGGCAUCUUCCUCUAUGUCCUACUGAGAAAAAGCUCAAACAUUGCAUGAAAAUCUGCGCUGGAAAAGUGCCUGGAACAGUUGGAUUUGACUUUUCUUUCAUCAAAAAAAGGGACGACGAACAGGAGAAGAAUCUAUCGAGAAUGAUUCUGAUCGGAACGCUUGCGGAAGAGAUGUGUGCGAACUCGAAAGUAGUUGUCGAUCAAGAGUUACAAGCGGGUUAUGUUAUCGCCUACAUGGAAAAUGAAAAUGCCACGAAAUUCAUAACCGAACUAAUCAUGUCAAAAAAUGGGCAUGUGGGAGGAUUGGAGCUUUGGCAGUUACACAGAUGCGCCCGUGGGAGUUUAACAUUCCCCGAUGACUUCCCUGAUUGUGAGGAAGGAAGGAAAGUAAUCAAGGCUGAACUAGGGCGUAUAGACACUCAAUACCGGCGAAAGUAA